AUGAACAACGCGCAAGAUAUGUCGCCCGAUUUCGUGUUGAUGCGCCUGGUUUCCGCGGCCGAGGAUGACCGCUUGGACGCAGAAAACGGGAAUCUGCCGCCGGGAGGAGUGGUGGCAGGGCUGGGGAAGGAGGUCCUGGCUCACAACGGCGUCAAAGCGGGGUUGGAUAUAAGCCGAGAUCCGACGGCGGGCCUCGAGCAUCCCAGCGGCCGCUUGAACAAAGCCCAGCCGAGCGGCGAGGGCACGGCUGCACCUGACACCGGGGUGACGGAGAGCCGAGCAUCGCUGUCCGCGCCUCCUCCGCCGCAGAGCCCCAUGGAGGCCCAGGGCUUUGACUUCGCUCCCAGCCCUGGCCUACGGCCUCAGCUGCUCGUCUUCUCCAAUAUAAUGCGGAACGGAGAAGGGAUUUUAGAAUUAGACCGUCUGAAUCAGCCGAGGGAUGCUCUGGGUUUGGACCAGAGCCCGGGGUCUGGUUGCCCCGGCCCCGCUGUCAAUAACAACACCCUGAGUCCCGGAGACGUCCUGCAGCAGCAGAACCUGCUGGACCGGACAUGGGGAGCGCAUCCGCCGAUCUCAGUGUCCGCGGAGAUGCAAGGCGCUGCGGAGCUGUGCCGCCAGCAUCGACUCAUCGCUACCCCACCCGAGUGGCCCUUGUUGUCGGAGAGAUCCAACCCUCUCACCGUGAUUGACUCUAAAUGGGGCUGCGCCACCAGGGACAGAGAGGGAGCCGUGUUUGAGCUGGCCCGGCGGUUCGGGGAGCUGGGGGUCGGUGCGGUCCCCAAGAUGCUGUUCAAAGCAGGGGAGCUCCCGCAGUGUUCGUGUCAGGGUGCACACGGGCCGGGAGGAGGGGGAGUAGAACCCGGGGAUGACCCCACAGAGACCAGCGACGCUUUGUUAGUGCUGGAGGGGCUGGGGAGCGGGGAUGUUGCCGGCCUGGGCAUGGAGGAGUGCCCGGAGGAUGAGGCGGAUGAUGAGAACGGACGCCGCGAGUUUUUACUCAACAGGAAAAGGGAAAUAGUUCAGAAAAUGUCCGGAGCUUUCUCCAUCAGCAGUUUCCAAGCGGAGCUGAGGAGGCAGGUGGAGGGGAUGGCCCCGGCGGCGACCCAGGCGGCGGCAGGGGCGCAUCUAGGCGCGCAGGUGUGCAGCCUCCACGGGAGCUCAGCCAGCCGGCUGUCGCAGGUGAACUCUGGGGAUUCAGAGGUUGUCACCCAGGUUUCAGCCUUGUCACCGUCGCCCACACCGGUACAGAGCUCACCCUGGGCCACAAGCCCAAAUCCGAGCCAGGCAUCGACACCCAGGAGGCGGCCGGAGCGGUGCGCCAGCGCGCCCCGGACUCCCACAGGCCGGGCGGCAGGUGGGGAAAAGACGCUCAAAGUUCCAGGGAAGUCCAAGAAGGGCUUAAAGAUCCGCCUGAGUAAACUGUUCCGGACUAAAAGCUGCAGCGGCUCCAAUCACCUCCUGGACAAGAGGCCCUCAGUGACCUAUUCAGUGUCUUCUGCCGGGAGUCUGAUGGACAUGGCGAGCGCCGCUGGCGCUGAGCAGGACGCAGACAGCCACAACCAGCCCAGACUGACCAGGGCCCACAGUGCCUUCUCCCCUGCCUCCCUCUCUGCCUCCCUCUCUGCUUUUACUGGUGAGACUGUUUCUCUGGUGGAUGUGGAUAUUUCACGGCGAGGGGCGAACACACCGCACCCUCCCACGCCUCCGCCACCUCCACGCCGAAGUCUCAGCCUGUUAGAUGACAUAGCGGGGCCUCAGCCUGGGCCUUUCCUAGUGAGUGUUAUGGGCGCCUCCCUGCAGUCCCUCCCCCUGCCUCUCCCCCCUCCUCCUCCUCCCUCCCACGUCACCAUCCAGCACAGUCUCAGCCUCAAUGACGCCUUCCUCCGGGCCCUUCCUCAUUCGACCCCAUCGCCGGCUGAUGCCCUGCCCCCGACCAGACAGGCUCCGCCCCCCAUGCUGUGCGCCCUGCGGCGGUCUGAGGCCAGCAACUUCACCGCCAGCCUGAGAGAGCUGGAGAAGUGCGGGUGGUACUGGGGUCCGAUGAACUGGGAGGACGCAGAGAUGAAACUGAAGGGGAAACCAGAUGGAUCCUUCCUGGUCCGAGACAGUUCGGACCCUCGAUACAUCCUGAGCCUCAGCUUCAGGUCGCAGGGAGUCACACACCACACACGCAUGGAGCACUACCGAGGGACGUUCAGCUUGUGGUGUCAUCCAAAGUUUGAGGACCGCUGCCACUCGGUGGUGGAGUUCAUCGAGCGAGCCAUCAUGCACUCCAAGAACGGCAAAUUCCUCUACUUCCUCCGCUCCAGAGUCCCAGGGCUUCCUCCCACCCCAGUUCAGCUGCUGUAUCCUGUAUCUCGCUUCAGCAACGUAAAAUCACUGCAACACCUCUGUCGCUUCUGCAUCCGACAAAUCGUCCGUAUCGACCACAUCCAGGAGCUUCCACUGCCCAGACCACUGAUCUCCUACUUGAGUAAGUUUUAUUACUACGACCCCGAGGAGGAGAUGUACCUGUCAAUCAAGAGCAUCCGGAGGGUGGUGGGAGCAGACCAGGAGGCCGAGUCGCAGACGUAGCAGCAGAGAUCUUCUCAGCUCAACCGAGUUUCUGUAUGGAGGACUGAUCUGUUCUGGUCUGCCAGUCUUCCAGCAUCAGCCCAUCAGAGUCCCUGGAAAUCUCUGUGUCCAGGUGGACUGGGAUGGACCCGCCUCUCUGUUGAUUUGGACUAAUGAAAGGAGUGAAAGUGUUUGCAGCCGGACGGUGGGAAGACUGUCGACAGGAAGUGCAGGUGCAGAGGACUCAGGUUCGUCUUCGGAGGGACUGCAGAGACGUUCUCGCCUGCAAACAUGUCGGUGGACUCGAAAGGAGAGCGAUACAUUUUGAACUCCAUUUGCAAAUUUCCCGAACCUGCUGAACUGGACUUUUAAAACACAAAUGCACUGGUCGAUUUGUACAACUGUUGUUUGCUGCCGUUUUCUUGUUUUCUCUUCCAUUCUGUCAAAGUGAGGGUGUCCUGGAUUAAGAGUUGCCCUCAGGACUGAUAUACACUGUGAGGCAGGGCAACGGAGGCAACGGAGGCCCCGUCACCGUCAACAUAUUUCUUUUCCAACAAAAUAUCUGAACUCUCUGUAUAAUUCAGUGACUACAACACCGUUACACGUAUUUCUGGUUAUGUUUAGGAAUUUGGUUCAGGUUAGGGAAAGAUUCUGGUCUGGUUAGAAACACAACCUGUUUAUUUACAUUCAACCAAAAUCACCAUCUGUACCUAAAUUUAACCAAAGUGCUUUUGUUUCCUAAACCGCAGACAGGACCCUGGAUGUGAAACAAAGUUGUGGGCUUUGUACGUCCACCGUCCGCCCCAACCACCUCCUGACACUGCCACUGCAGCGCUUCAUUCGUUUAAAACAUGCAAACAUAAUCAAGCCAGUGAUCAAAACACAUUUCCUACAAAACAUAUUUGCUGUUGCAGUUUAGCUGUAUAGAAAUGUAAUUUCUUGGAGACUCCGAGCAACCUGCUCAUCCGUUCUUGUCACCUUUUCUGUGGCCAUUUUUUGGAGCUAUUUUCAUGGACGUAGCUUGAUUCUCAAAUCUGACAAAUCUCAGAUUGAUGAGCUGUUUCUGCAGCUGGGGGAAUCAGCCGUCAGUGAUCAUAACACGUUUGAAUCCCUGAAGAGCUUGGAGGUGUGGAUGGUGAUUCUGAGGUUUGGAAGCAGGCUGUGCUUCACUGCCUUCCAUGGGUUGACAUCAUGGAUGUAUUAAGAGAGCCGGAUAGCUUUGAUGCCAGUUUCCCUCCGUGGCCCCUUGCAACAAAAAAAUCCCACAGCCAAGAAAGGCGAGUUUUAUUUUCAUCCCAAUGUAAAGUGUAUCGGCUGAGUGGGAACAUGAGGGCGGGAUCAGCACUACUGUGCAUGUGCAUCAUGGAAACAAACCUGGAAGCUGGAAAAACUUUUUGGGAUCAUUUUCGCCGUCUUUGCAUCCAGUAUCCAGUUCCUAUUAUAAAUCCAUACAGACUGAGGUAAUGCACUCGCUGCUUGCAGCCAUCGAGCCAGGCUAAGAAUACGGUGAGUUCAUGAACUUCAUUAGCAUGAGAGGUGUCCUUGAUCUCACCUGCUUCGUACUCGUAGCACAACAUGUCCUAGA